UCCGCACUAAAACCAUCACUUCACCCUGCCCUGAUCUGACUCCGCCCCCCACGCCCUAACGUCACCAUCAUUUCAUGCGACCUUCUAAAACCCAGUUCCUCUACCAGUCACUUUCGGAAAGUCUGCGCAAGGUGGGUGGCAAUAAUACGAUACAUCAUCAAGACCACCACAAUGAACAUCAUCACUGCCAUUCGCAGAGACAUCAGCAGUAGCGCAAGUACAUCUCCAUCAUUACCAACAUAAUACCUCCAAGGUCCACCCCAGACCCACAAGAGUCCGAAACAACCACAACGAUGCCUUACUCAACCUUCAUCAGACUCCACACCGCCCCAUUUUUCCUACUGCUCCACCUGCUUCUCCUGCCACGUGGGACCACUCCCAUCCCAAUGCAGCCCCGUGGAGGUGGCCGCUCGUGGCCAAGGACCCUGCCCUGCGAAGUGGACGUCGUUAAAGAGACCGCGGCCAUCACGGUCGACUGCUCCGGCCUGGGCCUGACCCAUAUUCCGUUUGGAAUCCCAAAACACGUCACACAGUUGAACCUGAGCAACAACAAAAUCUGUGGUGUGCAGCGGGACGAUUUCAUCCAUUUCCAGGACACUCUCCGGGACCUUGACCUGAGUGGAAACUGCCCUUCCAGUGUGACCUCCCCAAACUGCCCGUGCGACAACGGUAACUUCACACUUGGCGCGGCUGCACUCUCCUCACUCAACCUCUCUUCACUCAACCUUGGUGGCAAUAGCUUCUCUCGGGUGCCAUCGGAACUCCCACGGAGCCUUCACACCCUGAACUUACAGUUCAACCGCAUUUCCCAGGUCUUCGCCUCAGACUUUGAGUACCAUUCAGCACUUAGAAUCCUUCACCUGGGGUACAACUGCUUUGUGCACAACCCAUGUGGCCGGGCAUUCGGUGUGGAGCCAGGUGCCUUCAGUGCUUUCAACCUGUCCGAGCUGCACCUGCCUAGCAACAAUGUAAGCAACCCCCCGACUGGCCUGCCUGCCUCUCUGACACUACUGGACUUGAGCGGGAACCAGCUGCGCACCUUCGAGCAGAAGCAUCUGAGCGGCCUCUCCUCCCUGUGCUUGCUGGACCUCAGCAUGAACUGCCCACGCUGCUACAAUGCCCCUUACCCGUGCCACCCGUGUCCAGAUAAUGGACCCCUCAACAUCACCCAUGAUGCUUUCUUUAAUGUAACUGAACUUCGCAGCCUGAAUCUGCGCUCUGUGUCACUGCGGAGCAUUCCCAGUCAGAUGUUCAAGAAUAACCCCCAUCUCACUCACCUUGACCUCUCCCUCAACUAUCUCGCAAAAGCACUGGCUGAGGGCUCCUUCCUGCUCCACCUGAAGCGACUGGAGGUGCUGGACCUGUCUUUUAACUAUGAGCCAGGCCAUUACUUCAAGGAACUUAAUCUGUCAUCGCACUUUGCGGCACUUACCUCACUCAAGAAGCUGAUGAUCAAGGGCUAUGUGUUUGAGCGCCUUGAGGACUCUCAGAUCGAUGUCCUCCACAACCUGUCACACCUCACUUCACUUGACUUGGGCAUUAACUUCAUAAAUCACCUGGACCUUGCCAUCUUCAAAAAAAUGAGUGGGCUCAGCAGCAUCUUCCUCUCGCAGAACCAGAUCUCGCCACCUGUGGAGAAGCGAGGGGAGGGCCUUCAAUUCGGGUUAGGUGAGUCCCAAAAGGUCCCGGGAAUUGAGAGAAUCAUUUUAGAUGAUAGAACCCAUUCCAUUACCUCAGCAAAGUAUGAGGAGUGCAAGUCAUAUGGGAAGUUACUGGACCUCAGUGUCAAUAACAUCUUCUUCAUAAAUCCAAUGCAGUUCAAUGGCGCUGAGGAUGUACACUGCCUAAAUUUAAGCACCAACGCCAUUGGGCAGACUCUUAAUGGAUCGGAAUUUGUCAACCUCCCCAACCUGAAGUACCUUGACCUCUCCUUCAACCGUCUGGACCUCUUCCACUCUAGUGCUCUGACUGAACUAAAGAGCCUGGAGGUACUGGACCUGAGCUACAACAGACACUACUUCUCCAUGGAUGGCAUUGUGCACAAUAUAAAUUUCAUCUCCAACAUGACAUUACUACGGAAGCUUAACCUAGGCUGGAAUGGGAUCAAGAGCCUGGGGCCCACGACGGUAAUUCGCAGCCACACCCUCACUGAUCUCCACUUCGACGGAAACAACCUGAAUGUACUAUGGGAAGAUGGCAAUGAGAACAACUACAACGUGUUCGAGAACCUGACACAUAUAAAAAUGCUCAACAUAUCCUAUAACAACCUAAAUUCCAUCCCAAAUGGCAGUGUCCUCCUCCACCUGAGGAACAUUCGGGAGUUGAUCGCAAACCACAACCAUCUGAACAAUUUCCCGUGGGAUGAACUACGGUACAUGGCCAACCUUAGCGUGCUGUCACUAGACUACAACCGACUUCAGGCACUACCCAUUUCUCUGCUAGACUUCAAUAUCUCCAUUACCAAGCUGUCCAUCAGCCACAACCAUCUGACCACAAUCAGCAGGUACUUCUUGCUGCAUGCCCCAAGCCUUGCUAUCCUGGAUGUUGCAUACAAUAAAAUUGAUGGAGCUCACCGUGAUGAUUUCCCCAAAGAUGCCCUUGAUCACUUGCAAAAACUGAUGCUGGAAGGGAACCCGUUUCUCUGUACCUGUGAGAACAUCUGGCUGGCACAGUGGAUCAAUAGCACUGAUGUGAACAUCCCACAUGUCGCCACGGGGCUCCUGUGUGACCGGCCCGAUGGGCACCGCCACAAGAGUGUCCUAGUCACCCUGGACUUCUUGGAGUGCGAGUUCAUUGGACUCAUGCUGGGACUGUUCCUGCUCUACAAUACGAUCAUAUUAUUGCUGAUGGCCUCGUCGUUUGUGUGGGCACGCUACCGCUGGGACGUUGCGUACACCGCGCGUUUUUACGCCGCACGGUGCUGCCGUGGUCACUCUAAUGGUGGUAGUGGCUCCAAUGGCCAGGACUAUCGCAAGCUUGAGUGCGGCUAUGAUGCCUUUGUGGCAUACGACUCGAGCGACAUGGACGUGUGCGAGUGGGUCCUACAAGAAAUGCGUGUCCACAUGGAGGAGGCUGGCCCAUAUGGGGCCCAACGCACUUUCCGGUUGUGUUUAGAGGACCGGGACUGGGUACCUGGGAUGAGCGUGGCUGACAACUUGGUGGCAAGCGUGCACGCCAGCAGGAGAACUGUGUUUGUCCUUACACGGGCUUUUGCGGCGUCGGGUCGGUUCCGUGAGGCCUUCCUCAUGUCACAUCAGAGGCUGCUGGAUGAGAAGGUGGAUAUGGUGAUCCUAGUGAUGCUGGAGAGGAUGCGCUCAUCCUUCACACGCUCACGGUAUAUGCGUCUCCGACAGCGACUGAGCCCCGGCUCCAUUCUGCGCUGGCCGACCAACCCCCAUGCUCAGAAGAUAUUCUGGCAGGGCCUGCGGGAUGCCUUGGCCGGGCCCAGCAAAGCAGCCACACAGGCUGCCAAGCGACGACGACAACAUCACAGUGAUGUAGAUGGGCGGGAACUGCCCGAUGGAUGUAGUCUAGUCCUGUAAAUUAGUGCUAGAGGUGAAGAAGAGUCACUAUACCAGUCCUAGAGAUAUUUAAUUAUUGUAGAUGAACCCUUUAAGACCUAGUCUAGGGGAGACCUGUCCUCUAGGUCCUAUAAUGUACAGUAGUAUAGUAGGAUUUGUCAUAUAGACCAUUCCAGAUUAUGUUUAAGCUGUAGGCCAAUCCUUUUGGAUCUAUAGACCAGUCAUAUAGAUAAAUCCCUUCGGUUUAGAGCAGGGGUUGGCAACCUUUCAAAUAAGAAGAGCCAUUUUUUUUCUUUGACCAAAAUAGUUCGAGAGCCACAUUAAACGCAGACCUACACAAACAUAGCAGGUAUACAGCAGAUUACAAACACAUUCUGACGUAAAUAUACAAAAUAGGUGAUUAAAUAAACUGUCUACUGUA